GCAAGAGAGAGAAGCCAUCACUAACUGCGUAGCUAAGUUAGCUGCUAAGCUAACUGCUGAGCUAAAAUAGCUAAGAGUGCUUGAGCAGAACUAGAGUGAGUUUAAAUGUGCAGCGGGAUAUUAUCCACAGUGAUAAAGAAAAUAGCAAAAUUAACUUAAGCUAAGAGCAACAAGAUCACUGUCAGUAAGCACAGUCAGCAACCAGAAGUGACACAAUUUGUUUACCCUAACCCUGAAUAAAUAGAAAUUGAUCUGAUUUUAAGGAAGAGUUAGAAAAAUAUGGAGGCAUCACCAAACCCUGACAUGCCAACAAUUGUUUUACAGCUAAUGUAAAAAUGUUUUCAUAUGGUGAGCAGGUUUUAAAUGAGACUUCACUGUAACUGAGGAAACAGUUUUAAUUCACAGUGCUGCUCCUCGUCCUGAUAACCAUCCCUGCCCCUUUAAACACAAGCUCCACUUCCUGGUUCCCUCCCCUUCAGAUCUACAGUUUGCAGAUGGGUGUAACCAAAAUGUGAUGCAGUAUAAGAGCUGCAGGCUGCAUUCACUGCAGAAACACAUGUUGUUCAGAUCAGAGCCCAAACCUAUUUCACUUCUCAGGAAGUGAAACUCAGACAGUUGUUGCUACUGAGAGCAGACAUGGCGCAGAAAGGAGUCCAGCUGGACCAAGAAACUUUCUCUUGUUCGAUCUGUCUGGAUCUACUGAAGGAUCCGGUGGCUAUUCCCUGUGGACACAGCUACUGCAUGGGCUGUAUUAAAAGCUUCUGGGAUGGAGAGGAUCAGAAGAAGAUCUACAGCUGCCCUCAGUGCAGACAGACCUGCACACCGAGGCCUGUCCUGGUGAAAAACACCAUGUUAGCAGCUUUAGUGGAGCAGCUGAAGAAGACUGGACUCCAAGCUGCUCCUGCUGAUCACUGCUAUGCUGGACCUGAAGAUGUGGCCUGUGAUGUCUGCACUGGGAGGAAGCUGAAAGCCCUCAAGUCCUGUCUGCAGUGUCUGAUCUCUUACUGUGAGAAACACCUCCAGCCUCAUUAUGAUGUAGGUCCAUUAAAGAAACACAAGCUGGUCGACCCCUCGGAGAAGCUCCAGGAGAACAUCUGCUCUCGUCAUGAUGAGGUGAUGAAGAUGUUCUGCCGUACUGAUCAGCAGAGUAUCUGUUAUCUCUGCUCUGUGGAUGAACAUAAAGGCCACGACACAGUCUCAGCUGCAGCAGAAAGGACUGAGAGGCAGACAGAGCUCGAGGUGAGUCGACAAAACAUCCAGCAGAGAAUCCAGGACAGAGAGAAAGAUGUGAGGAUGCUUCAGCAGGAGGUGGAGGCCGUCAGUCGCUCUGCUGAUAAAGCAGUGGAGGACAGUGAGAAGAUCUUCACUGAGCUGAUCCAUCUCAUCCAGAAAAGAAGCUCUGAUGUGAAGCAGCGGAUCAGAUCCCAGCAGGAAACUGAAGUGAGUCCAGUCAAAGAGCUUCAGGAGAAGCUGGAGCAGGAGAUCACUGAGCUGAAGAGGAAAGACGCUGAACUGAAGCAGCUUUCAUACACAGAGGAUCACAACCAGUUUCUACACAACUAC